AUGAUGCUGAGGAAGGUCGCCCUUGUAAGCGGGCAUUCCCAGCUCGUAAUGGAGCAGACUUUCUACAUGGAGACUUCCUCAUGCGAGGGGGUGUCUUGCAGAAAGGAGAUCAUUGGGGCGAACGAGACUUUAGGAGUUGGGGCGGUCGAAGAGUGCUCGCACAACACAACCUACUGGCACGAAGACCUGGAUCAAAGGCUACCAGCUCCGACCGGGAAACAGCUGUUCGAGCUGGUGUACUCGUGUCGGAAACACGGCCCCGACGGGGAGGAGGUGGUGCUGACGUCACUGGAGGAGUGCGGGAUGGUGGCCGAGCCCUGCGUCGACGCCGGCACGAACCCCGGCAUCUCGGAGGUCACCUACCAGGUUGCGUUCGAGUUUGAGGCGCAGUCGUACGACGUUAGCGUGGACGUGAAGCUGUACUUCAACUACCUGAAGGCCGGCGACAAGUUUCACGCCAAGAGGUCGGAGAACGCCGUGCGCUGCUUGCUGAGCGAGACCUGCCACCGGAGAUGCGAGUCCGGAGAGUGGGGCUUUCCUGCCGAGCUGCGCGACAGCAUGGGCGACGGCUGGAACGCCGGGGGCAUCAACCUCUUCGACCACUUCCGGUUGGAAAGCCGCAGCGAGCUCACGGCCGAAGUCUCCGCGAUGAUGAGCUCCGAUGAGGCCAACACCACCGCGGCGACGACGGCGGCGGCCGCGGCCCGCAGAACCUCCUACCUCAACACCAUGCUAGGUGGCUCCGCCCGCACGGUGCCCCUCUGCCUGUCCGAAGGGGAAUACCUCUUUUCGACGCAGUUCCACACCCCGGGCCCCGGCGACCCCAGCCACGCCUUCGACGUCGCCGGCCGCCUCUUCUCCGAGUCGACCUGGACCUUCUGCGGGCACGAGGGAACCCUCGCGGACUAUACCCACGUCCGCGUGAACAACGGCUGGUUCGCCGGCGCCGCGGCCGGGGGCGCGGCGGGGGCUGGCGCCGCUGGCGGCGGCGCACCGAAUCCAGACGUCGAUGAGUUCGCCCCUUAG